UUGGUCGGUCACAUGGGACCAGGAGCAGAUGAGAGGCAACCGGAAGCUGUUCCGCUCUUCCAAGAAAAAUUCGCUAGAAGAUAUCUCCGCUUAGUCAGAAAAUAUGCUCAAAUAAUAGUGGGACAAUUCUUCGGUCAUCUACAUUCAGAUACAUUUAGACUUGUCUACAGUGACCAAGGUCAACCAGUAUCUUGGAUGCUGAUGGCUCCCGCGGUGACGCCGAGAAGAACUAACAGCGGAUCCGCGAAUAAUCCUGGCCUAAGACUGUACAAAUUCGACACGGAUACUGGACAAAUUGACAAGAUGAAAGAAAAACAGAUUUUCAAUUUCUUUAGAGUUUGUGAGCUAUGCUAA